CCCUGCCUAUUCUCACUCUCACUUUGCGUUUGUCAAAACAAAAUUAUCCAAAAACUUGUUUAAUUCGGUCCUUAACUUUAUUAUCUUUGCCGUUUAUGUAUUAUAUGUGUUUAGUUAUGCGCGACAACCCCCUGCGUCCUUGUUUAAAUGUUUGUGUUUGUGAAAUGGCCGUUUAAAUGCAAUCCACUCGUGCCGCGUCUAAUGGAGAAAAAUCAAACAUGUUUUUAUUGAAAGACUGCUGACUGCUAAAUCUAAAUUAAAAGUGCUGCCAUGAUAAGGCAAAGUGCUCCGGCUGCCGCGCCCUCAGCGGCCAGCGUAUCCGGCAAGGCGACCCCCGCGCCAUCGACGCCCACCAACAAUGCACCCCAAGCGGCACAGGCCGCUGCCCAAGCUGCCCCCCAAAUGCAGCAGAUAGCCAUUCACCAAAUACCGCAGCAAUUUGCUGCAGGUGCCGCAGUGGCAGGUGGUGCCCAAGGCACGGGGCUCACCCAGAACAUGUUCCAAAUCGUGCAGCCCAUGCCCAUGCAGACGGUGAACAUUGAUGGGCAGGAGGCCAUCUUCAUCCCGAACCUUAAUGCUCAGCUGGCCACAGCCCAGCCGGUGAACAUCAAUGGCCAGCAGGCCUUUAUCACGCCCAACGGCCAGAUCAUCAGGGCGCCAGGGAACUCCAACUGCAUCCAGCUGCAGCAGCUGAACGGACUGGGCCAGGAGCAGCCAGCGCAAACUCAACUGUUCAACAUUCCCGGCACUAAUAUUCAAAUACCUGUCGCCAAUCUCCUUCAGCAGCAGGCGCAGCAGCAGCAACAGCCGCAGGGAACGACUACCACUGGAACAGCAGCGACACCGGGCACCGCAACAGGAGGAGCAGCGGCUGGAGGCGCCACUGCCCAGCUACCCAGCACCAUUACAAUACCCGGCACCAAUCUCCAAAUACCCACGUCGGUGGCGGCAGCGAACGGGCUGCUGAGUAACAUAUCGAACCUAUUGGGCGGUGGUCAGUCCAUCAAGGUGGAAAAUGGCCAGCUGCAACUGCGGCCCCAGUUGGUUCAGUUCCCGACGCAGUCGUUGCCGCAACAGCAGCAGACCGUAGCAGUGCAGAUUCCUGUGCAGACCGCUGGCGGCCAAACCAUCUACCAGACUGUCCACGUUCCUGUGCAAACAGCAGCGGCAGCGGCCGGAGGGGGGCUGCCCAAUCUUAUGCAGGCACAAUCUCUGCAGAUGCCGGCCGCUUCCCAAAUGCAGAUCAUCCCGCAGUUCUCGCAGAUAGCACAGAUUGUGACGCCCAACGGGCAGAUACAGCAGGUGCAGCUGGCGCCCAUGCCGUAUCCACAGCUGCCACCCAAUGCGAAUAUCAUACAUAUCCAGAAUCCCCACCAGCAGCAGCAAGUCCAACAGCAACAGGUCCAAGUGCAGCAACAGCAGCAACAACAAGUCCAGGUUCAGCAGCAACAGCAGCAGGCUCAGCAACAACAGCAGGCUCAGCACCAGCAGCUCCUUCAGGCCAUCAGCGAAGCGUCCGCGGGGGGACAAAUACCGGCGAAUCAACCCAUCACCAUCACCAAUGCCCAGGGUCAGCAACUAACCGUGUAUCCCGCCCAGCUGCGGCAGAACCCCGCAGCUCCAGCACCGGCUCCAGCGCCUGCUGCAGUGCCCACCCCGCUACAGCUACCCAACCUGCAGGCCCUGCCCAUCCAAAACAUUCCCGGAUUGGGCCAGGUGCAAAUCAUACAAGCCAACCAGCUGCCCCCGAAUCUGCCCGCCAACUUACAGCAGGUGCUCACCCAACUGCCCGUGCCGCAGGUUCAGACUGGUGGGCAGUCGCACUUGCAGGUGAUGCCGAAGCAGGAGCCGCAGAGUCCCACGCAGAUGAUCACCAACAUCAAGCAGGAACCGCCGGACACCUUUGCCCCCGUCAAUCCUCCGGCUCCCGCGUCGACGCCAAGCACCACGUCUUCACCUCAACAAAUAAAGUUCCUGCAGACCGACGGCAACACCUUGUCCAGCCUGAGCAUACCGGCGUCCAUUCAGAUCACGGCCCUGCCCCAGCCAAACGCCAAUCCUCCCCCGCCACCAACUCCAAAAACUAAAGCCAACCUGGCCAGCAACUCCACGGGCAAUCAGAUCUCCAUAGCGCCCACUGGCGUCCAAGUGGUGACCACGCCAGUGAGAGGAGCCAGUAUAAGGGGUAUUACCACCCCGACCAUAAAUCCCACCCAGAACAGCACCAAUCUGAAUGUCAGCGGCGGGAGCGUUGGGGAGUCCAAGUCGGCAGAGUCGAAGCCGCGACUGAAGCGCGUGGCAUGCACCUGCCCGAACUGCACCGACGGGGAGAAGCACUCGGACAAGAAGCGCCAGCACAUAUGCCAUAUAGCCGGCUGCCAGAAGGUGUACGGAAAGACCUCGCAUCUCCGGGCUCACCUGCGGUGGCAUACCGGCGAGCGACCAUUCGUGUGCUCCUGGGUGUUUUGCGGAAAGCGAUUCACUCGAUCCGACGAGCUGCAGCGCCACAGGCGAACGCACACCGGGGAGAAACGGUUUCAGUGCCGCGAGUGCAACAAAAAGUUCAUGCGCAGCGACCACCUCUCCAAGCACAUUAAGACUCACUUUAAGAGCCGCUCCGGAGCGGAGCUGAUGCUGAGCAUCAAGCAGGAAGGCAAGACUGCGAACGGGCCGAAGAGUAUCAGCACCAUGAGCGGAAUAGUUACGAUAGAGCUACCAACGAAUCGGACAACAGGGGUGGCAGGAAGUGGCGCCUCCAGUGUGGCAGCCACGGUUGCGGGAUCAACUGUGACGCCGGGCGGAGCAACGAUUGUCCAGCUUCCAGCAGUGGAGGGUCCUGGUGGCGGCGAUAGCUUUGGCGAGGAAGACGAGGACGAGGAGGAAGAUAUGACGGAAGAGGAUGAAGACGAGGAAGAUCUAGACGAGGAGGAGCUGGACGAGGACGACGACGAGGAGCCGGAGAGUGGCGACGAGGCCAAGAUGACCAUUGCUGUAAGCGAGCCGGGCGAGAACGCGUCCAACUAGCAUUCGGAGUCACUGUUCAUGGAACAGUUCCUGUUUGACCAUUUCCCGUAGCAUCCGCCGCACCUGCCACACCCGCCGCCCCCGACCCUCUGCCACGCCCUCUGGGACCACGUAAAUUAGUUAUCCAUGUAAAUAAUACAUAGCGUAAAUUAUGUAAAAGGGAGCAUUUUAAAUGUCCAACUCCGUGCACAUACUGAGCCGAAUCAGAAUGUACAUAUUUUAAAAAAUAUUUAAUUAUUGAAUGGAUUAGAAUAGGGUUUUAUUAUAAAUAGGGUUCUAGUGAAUCGACUAAGCCAUAAGUACAUGUUUUUAAGAAGUUUUUAUAUCCAUCUCUUUUAAUUAAAGAAAUAAACAAAAAUAACAUUAAUAUUUAA